AUGGUGGAUGCCGCCGAGGCAUUCAAGAUCGCCAGCAUCGAGCACGACUGCUUCGAGCUGCAAACCAAGGAAGGUCUCACCAUGGUCAACGGCACCGUCGUGGGCUCUGGCCUCGCAUCCACCGUGCUCUUUGAGGCCAACGUGCUCACCAUCAUGGCCGAGGUCAUCUUCGUGGUGUUCUAG